UUUAUUAUGACUGCACCGUGAUUGUCUAAUGACGUCAGGAUGUACUUUCUGUUGACAGCAAAGACCGGAAGUAUCGCCAGCAGCCUUCUGGUUCUCAGCCCCUCGGCCCUAUCUCAGGUCAGCAUUAAUCUUUCUGUUUUUAGGAAUAUGUCAAGUACUAAUCGGAUAGUAAAUGAUACGGAGGUACGUCAUCGUGAUGUCUUAUGCGGGACGCGAGAUCGAAGCGGGUGUCAUUGCCAACGCGAGCGUGCUGUUAGACCCACACACAGCGAACAGAAUGACCUACGGGGAAGAGAAAGACCACGUGAAGCCUCUGCAGCAGAGCCACGGGCAGCAGAAGGACCUGCGCCAGAGGUUCCAUUGGUGGACGACUGUGAAAAGAUGGGCACUCUGUUCGGGGAGCUCAAUAAGUGUCUGAGGGGUCUUGGUUUCACCCAGCUUUACUUUGGAGAGAAGAUUGUGGAGCCUGUGGUCGUGCUGGUCUUUUGGUUGCUGCUCUGGUUUCUUGGUAUCCAAGCCCUCGGCCUUGUGGGAACUCUAUGCAUCGUUAUCAUUUAUAUUCAGAAAUAACAGAUGUUAAGUGACUGACGGACGGACAGAUGAAGGUGCAUUUUCCACUCACAGCCUGUGCCAGUGAAAGAGAGGAGAGACUUCUUUCUACAAAAAAUGAGCUUCGUGAAUGUCAUUUGAACGUAUUACCCAAA